UCAUUGUUGUCCUCUUUAUUGUUCUACCCUUUGCUUUCUGCUUUUCACCUUUAUCACUCUGGGUUUACUGCAUCUUCUUCUCAGUCUCUGUUUUCUUUGCCUUCUUCUUCUUAUUCGCUUUGCGCCUCGGCUUUUCUUCUUCUUCUCUCUAUCGUUCUUCUUCUUCAUCUCACUAUCUUUCUUCUUCUUCUCCUUCUCUCUAUCUUUCUUUCUUCUUCUUCUUCUUCUUCUCUCUUUCUUCUUCUUCUCCUUCUCUCUAUCUUUCUUUCUUCUUCUUCUUCUUCUUCUUCUCUCUUUCUUCUUCUUCUUCUUCUCUCUAUCUUUCUUUCUUCUUCUUCUUCUCUCUCUAUCUUUCUUCUUCUUCUUCUCUCCUUCUUUUUUUUCUUCUCUCUAUCUUUCUUCUUCUUCUUCUUCUUCUUCUUCUCUCUAUCUUUCUUUAUUCUUCUUCAUCUCACUAUCUUUCUUCUUCUUCUCUCUAUCUUUCUUUCUUUCUUCUUCUUCUUCUUCUCUCUAUCUUCUUCUUCUCUCUAUCUUUCUUCUUCUUCAUCUCACUAUCUUUCUUCUUCUUCUCCUUCUCUCUAUCUUUCUUUCUUCUUCUUCUUCUUCUUCUUCUCUCUUUCUUCUUCUUCUUCUCUCUAUCUUUCUUUCUUUCUUCUUCUUCUUCUUCUUCUUCUUCUUCUUCUCUCUUUCUUCUUCUUCUUCUUCUCUCUAUCUUUCUUUCUUCUUCUUCUUCUCUCUAUCUUCUUCUUCUUCUUCUUCUUCUUCUCUCUCUAUCUUUCUUCUUCUUCUUCUCUCCUUCUUUUUCUUCUUCUCUCUAUCUUUCUUUCUUCUUCUUCAUCUCACUAUCUUUCUUCUUCUUCUUCUUCUCUCUAUCUUUCUUUCUUUCUUCUUCUUCUUCUUCUCUCUUUCUUCUUCUUCUUCUCUCUAUCUUUCUUUCUUUCUUCUUCUUCUUAUUCUUUUUCUUCUUCUUCUUCUUUGUACUAGGCAAUGCUAAGCUUUCUCUUUCACUGUGUCUCUCUCUACCUUCCUCUCUCUUCUUCUUCUUUUCCUCUCUCCUAUUCUUUCAUCCUCUCACCCCUUCACUCCCAAUCUCUCUCCAUUCCCCUUCUAAUCUAUCUACCAAUCUCUCCUCCGUCCGGUACUCUCUCCUUUUCCAUAUGACCCUUGUUUUAUCCAUCAUCUUCUCUAUCUUCUCUAUCUUUUUCUCUCAUUUAUUUUCUCCCUUUUCCUCCCCUCCUUCAUCCCCCUACAUUUCUCCUCCCUUUCUGACCUUCACUCGCCCGCUAUCUUGCUCUAAUCUCCUCUCUCUCUCUCUCUCUCUCUACACCUAG